AUAAAUUGUGAAAGGUAGUUUCCGAGUCCCGAUUAACUGACCCUUUUCUUCCGUAUCUUGACGGUAAAUCAUCAAUGUCUUCUUCAGCAACAGCUAGAAAACACCCUAAAUCUUCCCCAAAAACCCCAAAAUCUAGAAUAGUCUCUAAUCAAUCUCAAUCACCAAGUUAUUCUUCAACGAUCACAUCAUUACUAGCAGAAGUUGAGCCACCCCCUGAUUUACUUCCUUCUAAGUCAUUCGAAUUUCUGAAGCUCAUUGUUGUUAUCAUUAUCGCAACUUUAGUUGCCGGUUUCUGCAAUUUCCUUUACGGAUUCUUCAAUCAUUCUCUUAAACCUUUCUGUGAUUCCGAUGGUAUAGAUUUUGAUGUUUCAUUUCCCGAUUAUUGUGAACCUUGUCCAAGUAAUGGAAGGUGUUAUGAAGGCCAGUUAGAAUGCUUUCAAGGGUAUAGGAAGUAUGGUAAGUUAUGCAUUGAAGAUGGAGAUAUCUAUGAAGCAGCUAGGAAACUUUCGGGAUGGGCAAAAGAUCGCCUUUGUGAAGAUCAUGCACAGUAUAUGUGUGAUGGAACUGGAACAAUUUGGGUUUCUGAAGACAACUUAAAGAACAUGCUGGACAAAAAUGAGCUGUUUGAAGGUUCCACAGAAUCAGAUGUUAAAUAUAGGUAUACCAAGCAAAAAGCAAUGGAGGAAAUUCAUGGACUGUUGGACACACGAACCAUUGGCUAUGGGUUCAAAGAGUUCAAGUGCCCUGGUAUUUUAGCUGAAAGUUACAAGCCACUUACUUGUCGUCUUCAACUAUGGAUAGCUAGGAACCUUCUACUUCUCAUGGCAGUAUUUGCACUGGUUGUGGUAUGUAUGUUAUUGCUGUUGAGAAUUCGUAGAAGAUGGUGUUUGCUUAGGAGAGCAGAACAUCUUUACCACCAGGUAUGUGACACUCUUGAGGAUAAUGCGUUGAUGUCUAGAAGCACGGGUGACAGAGAGCCCUGGUUAAUUGCCUCAAGGCUUCGAGAUCAUCUACUUACCACCAAGGAAAGAAGAGAUCCUCUUCUUUGGAAGAUGGUUGAAGAUUUGGUGGAGUUAGAUUCUCGAUUGGACCGGUAUCCAAAAAUUGUUAAGGGUGAAUCAAAGGUGGUUUGGGAAUGGCAAGUGGAAGGUUCAUUGAGUUCUUCAAGGAGAAAGAAGAUGGAGAUGGGAAAUGUGAGUCCUUGUGUAGAUGCCAAAAAAAAAUUUUACUCACAAUCAUCAAGUUGAAAUGGCUGUGCAUUAUAAUGAUUUCAAGCAAAUGUCUUGGUGCACCAGUGUUUUGUACUUGCUUGUGGUGAAGUAGCAUGUAGUCGAUGGUGUGAGAGAGACCUCUUUUAACGUUGUACGAGGGAAGCCAUGCUUGUGUAAUCUCCAAAACACAAGGCCCUAAUCAGUUACGUAAAUAGCCUCGUUACCGUAAGUUGAUACGGUACUGUGUUUCAUGUUGUGGAGAAGAAGUAAGAAGCGAGAAGUAAUGGGUCGAGGUGGAAAUAUUUUUUUCUUGCAAUCCACCCUGCAGGAAAUGAAGGGGAAGCGGAUGCCAUCUGAUGGACUUUGUUUCAGUAGCUAUGCAUUAUUAUAACCUAUUUUAGACUUGUAGUCCUCUGAAAGAAAGAAAGUCACCAAAGAAUGUAGAAGCAAAACCUAUAUUUUUAUUAAAUGAAUGAAUCUGAUCUGAUAUACAAAGGGGGCCCUCCUUAUAUAGCAAUAAGGAAUUACAAGAAUUAGUUACAUAAUCUGUUAUAAUAACAAUCUGCUAUAUAACCAACUAACCAAACUGACUAAUCCUAUACAAAACUAUGAUAGCUAAUCACGUAAGCACGUGACACCUAAGCUCCUGCUGUUAACUUGUAGAAACCUUCUUUUGUAUGAAGUGCUGACUAUUGAAGCCUAAGAACAGAAGACUAGCAUGCUGCAAUUUUGUAUAGCUUGUGUAGCAUAAGUAUAGUCUUGCAUAUUUAGAAACAAACACACUAAAAAGCUACUCAAAUUAGGAGUUGUCUCUUCUUGAAAAUUUGAAUAAAAUAAGAUGUUUUAACAACUUAAUUUCGAAAAAAAAGCUUCGUGAAAACUUAAUUCCCAAAAUAAGUGUCCGUACAUCCAAACCUAGCCUUGGAGUA